UGGUUCGGGUCCUCCACGGUUCUGCAGCUCACAUGAAUACAUUUUUGUGCAGAGGGGCUUCAUUGUAUCCGAUUUGGCCUCAUUACAGGGGGUGUUUGGGGGGGCUGUUUGAGGUGGAGGGGGGCACCCUGCCAAGACAUUGUGCUUAAUAACACUAAACACCUCGACCUCCACAUUGUCCUCAUCAGCCCUCAAUUAGUCCGGUUCCCGGUUCCAAACAGACAUUUCUAUCUGAUGCAGGAGCCUCCCGUCUGAACUUGGAUCUGUGUUGACGGGGUCCACCCAGUCCACCUGGUCCACCCGGUCCAGCCGGUCCAGUCCAGGCCUCCUCAGCUCGUGGAGGGGAAAGAGCUUCUCUGUGACGGGGGGAAUUAGGGACGGGAUGCGGGUCCACUUGCCCUGUGCAGGGGCUUAUCUUUGCCUAAGCUGAGGGACUAAUAGCAAAGCCUCCAGCCGGUCUGAGGCCACGGGGACCAUCUGUCCACUCUGUGGACAACUGAAGACAAAGGCAGAGGACACCCGGCUCGCACCGCAAACUAAAACUUUACAGGAAUCCAGGAGGAGCAGAGCGUGUUGUUGUGUCGACACAGAGGAGAUCUGAGAGCAGWGAUGGCUUCAGAAAGCGCUCUGAAUGUUACAUUAACUCUGAGGCUGCUGAUGCAUGGGAAGGAAGUUGGCAGCAUAAUUGGAAAGAAAGGAGAAACAGUGAAGAAAAUGAGGGAGGAGAGCGGAGCUCGAAUCAACAUAUCAGAAGGCUCUUCUCCAGAGAGAAUCGUUACCAUCACAGGACCUACAGAGGGGAUCUUCAGCGCCUUCUCCAUGAUCGCACAGAAGUUUGAGGAGGACAUCACCGCCGCCAUGACGAACAGCAACGUGACGAGCAAGCCUCCUGUGACACUUCGGCUGGUGUUCCCGGGGAGCCAGUGUGGCUCUCUGAUCGGCAAGGGAGGCUCAAAGAUCAAAGAGAUCCGAGAG